AUGCUAUUUACAUGUGAAAAAAAGAAUGGGAACGCGUUGCCGAAAUUGAAAAAAAAAAAAACCAAUAAGAUGUUAGGAGAAAAAAGUAAGACAACGCAAAAGUUAACUGUAAAUUUAAUAAAUAAACUUCAAAAAUAUUACGGUUUGGCAAUUAUGAGAAAUCAAGAUAAUAUAGACGAAAUGUAUGAAGCAAUCUGGGCUACGUUUCAUCAUUUGUGUUCAACUGAUGAGAAACCAAACCAUGAUAAUUGUCCAGAAGGCGCAGAAAGUUGGUGCGCUUAUCGCCGCGCAGAAGCUGAAGGAAUAUUGAGUAAGUUUAAGCAGGAUUACCUCCCACUGGAUCCAGAAGUUGAAAAAGAUCUAAAGCCUAUUUAUGAAGACUUAUCUCGACAUGAAUUGCUUGAUAGAUGCAAAGGUAGUAAUACUCAAAACAAUAAUGAAAGUUACAACGGUUUACUUUGGUACUUUUCACCAAAGCACUUUCAUAAUGGAUUGAAAACUAUCGAAUUAGCAAAUUUUUUUGCAACUUCAAUAUUCAACGACGGUUACUUCUCAAUUUCGAAGAUAUUUAAUGUAAUGGGAGUAAAAGUUGGACCUGCAGCAAGAGAUUAUACGGCUUCUAAGGACGAGACGAGACUACGAAUCGCUGAUCAUCGCCAACGGGCUUUUUCAAAUGAGGGUCGAUCAUCUCGAAGAAGAGUUUCUUCAGCUCAACAAGCAGUUUUUAAAGAAAAAGAAGGUGAAUUACAUGGGCUUGGAAUAGCAGAUUAGCUAUAAGUAUGAUUUUAAUCCAUUUAUAACAGUGAAAA